AUGUCACUAGCGUUGCAAGAACAGCUUUUGCCGGCUCGGGACACUAGUUCAGACUCACCAAGAUCAUCACAAGAGCAACGCUGCUACUCAUCACCUACUUCCGUGGAAAGCUAUAACAAAAAGCAGGGAGGCCGGGAAGCAGUACUGGAACAUGCUAUAGAUCCGCUGGACGGACCCAGGCCUCCAAAAUUGCAUCCGUUGCCCAAGGGAAGUAUCGGUCCGUCCAAUGGGUCGUCAUUGCUAGGCGACACUUGGCACAAAUUCAAAUUGAACAGCGAGGAUACCAUGGCUGCGGCGGGCUCCGCAGAUGUGGCCCACGACCCGCUCGAUUCGCAAGAAAUGCACGACGCUCACGAUCGUGAAAGCGUGUUGGAUCGAAACAGCGUGGUGGAAAAUGGAUCUUUCAUCCAGGGUCUCGACGACGAAAAGGUGCUGCUCAAUGGUGCCACAUCGCGCAAAAAACCAUCCCGGAGACCAACCCAGGACUCAGGCAACUCCUUACGCCAAUUCCCGUUCGAUUCCGGUAAACAUGCCAAAAUCGUGCCUGCUUCCCCUCCUACAGACGAAGCGCUUGAACCGGGCGUGGUCACGGCACGGCCUGAUCAAGCGGAAAACGCCGAACGUGAGGAUAUCGACCUGGAAGAAAUAGCCACUCUAUUGCGUAAUUCGCAUUCACGUGCGACCUCUGUACAUUCAUUCAAUGCUAGUCACAGGCCUAGCGCAGUGAAUGAUGGGUCUUUGAAACGUUCGGAGUCUGCAACAGCCGAAAUAAAGAAAAUGCGCGAGGCCUUGCUACAAAAACGAGAAAUGCGUAAGAAACAGCAAAAUUUCUUGGACGACGAUAGGGUACUGAUAGGAAACAAGGUUAGCGAAGGACACGUUAACUUCACUAUCGCUUACAACAUGCUCACAGGUAUCAGGUUGGCAGUAUCCCGGUGCUCGGGUAUUAUGAAACCACUCACGCCCCGCGAUUUUCGCCAAACCAAGAAACUUGCAUUCGACUUUCACAGGAAUGAACUGACACCGAGUUCUCAAUACGCAUUUAAAUUCAAAGAUUACUGCCCUGAGGUCUUCAGAGAAUUGCGGGCGUUGUUUGGUCUCGAUCCUGCCGACUAUUUGAUGUCUCUUACGUCCAAGUACAUUCUCAGUGAAUUGAAUUCACCAGGGAAAAGUGGGUCAUUCUUCUAUUUCAGCAGGGACUACAAAUACAUCAUCAAAACCAUUCAUCAUGCAGAACAUCUACAUCUAAGGAGAACUCUGAAGGAUUAUUACACCCACAUAAAGGAAAAUCCAGAUACCCUAGUUUCCCAGUUUUACGGUCUACAUCGGGUAAAGAUGCCGAUAUCUUUCAAGAGUAAAAUCAAGCACCGCAAAAUCUACUUUCUGGUGAUGAACAAUCUGUUUCCUCCUCACUUAGAGAUACACACAACGUUUGAUUUGAAAGGCUCUACUUGGGGUCGGUACACCAAAGUUGAUGAUUCGAAAUCCUCCGAACAAGAUGAGACACAUAGGCCGGUUUUGAAGGAUCUCAACUGGUUACAAGAAGAGCGCGCCAUACGGUUUGGUCCGUUGAAGAGGAAAAAGUUCUUACAGCAGCUCGAGAAGGACGUUGAUCUGCUAGCGCGGCUCAACAUCAUGGAUUACUCGCUUUUGCUGGGCAUUCACGAUGUGGAAAAGGGCAACGAUCUCAUAGACGAACGUAACGUUUUGACGAAGUUCAGUCCCUAUGAAAACGAGCUGCAGGAGGUGAAGCGUAAGUCAAUGGCAGAUCAACAAGUGCGCCACAAGUCAACCGUUGCGGUACGGCAUUAUUUCCAGCAGGACGAAGGUGGUAUUCGUGCGUCUGAUCAGUUUAACAACGAUCUGAACACCAUAUACUAUGUGGGAAUCAUUGAUUGUUUGACGAACUAUUCCUUGGUGAAGAAAUUGGAAACGUUUUGGCGUGGUUUAAGCCAUGACUUAAAGGUGAUCAGUGCUGUACCUCCCCGAGACUAUGGCGACCGGUUUUAUGACUUCAUGGAAGCCUCAAUCAACAGGGUUCCUCAAAAAAGAUACAAGGACAACCCUAAUGCCAAGGAGUUUACUGACCAUCCUGCAGUAGAAGUGGUAAGCAACAACAGAGCUGAAAAUUGA